CAGGAAACACCUGUUGGAUUUUUCUUUUACAUAAGAAGUUAUAAGACCUGGACAGUACUCAGUACUUUGUUUUUUUGUUCAGUAUGGUGAUUGGGAAGCCUGUCGCUGAGGAGAGAGCUUUCAGCCAGAAGGAAGACAGUGCCAUGUAAAGCAGUUGCUGCAUGAAGCUCGUACACAGCCAUGGAGUUAAAGGUGUGGGUGGAUGGGGUGCAGCGUGUUGUCUGCGGCCUGUCCGAAGAAACGUCCUGUCAGGAUGUGGUCAUCGCCCUGGCUCAGGCUAUAGGACAAACAGGUCGCUACGUCCUUGUUCAGAAGCUAAGGGACAAAGAACGACAGCUCGUCGCUAAUGAGCGCCCUUUGCAAGCUUUGGCCAAACUCGGACAGUUGAGCAGCGAAGUGCAGUUUAUCCUGCGGCGGACUGGCCCCACCAGCAGUGAGGGAUCUGACCUAGACCGACCUCCUUCUCUCCCCAAACUCCUGGAACCUGAGCCUCCUAAGAAAAAAGAGCCCAAAAAGGCCCUCAGCUUUAACCUUGGACCAUCUACCUCUUUACAACCAAGUGUUAAGCAGCCCAAAAGGGUGCCAAGAGACUCUACAGAGCAAAGGGCACCCUCCGGUCCAUCUGGUCCAUCCUAUGCACAUGCUGGCCCGUCUAAAGAAGAAAUCUUCCGGCAUAUUCUUCAGCAGCAGAGCAGGCUGCAGGCUCUUCAGGACCACUUGGAGUCUCUGGACUCCGAAGUCUGGACUCUCGAGCAACCGUCACCUCCGAGCCUUUCUCCAGACCUUCUGGAGGAGAUGGACUAUCUGGGGGAGACGUUCAGGCGCAAUGAGGCUGAACUGGCCCACCUGGAUUACUGGGAGUCUGAGUAUCACGCAGAGGUUCAGAGAGAACAAAGCAUGCUCAGGCAACUGAGAGAGAUUCACGUAGCUCUGGACGAUCACAGUCGGAGGAUUCACGAAACAGAAACUGUCUGCGGGAGACUGGAACGGGAUAGCCAGCUCCAGGCGGACAACAGGAACGGCAUCCGCCACGCACAGGUCAGUGUGGAGGAGUCGGUGGGGAAUGUACGAGCACAGCUGGAUGUGGCGCAGCAUCAGGGAUCUGAACUGGGUUCUUCACUUGAGGGGACUAAUAAAGCUUUGAAGGUGGCAGACGAUCUUCUGCAGGUCAAGAGUAAAGAAGUGGAUGAACUGAAUAAGGAACUACGACAGUGUAACCUUCAGCAGUUCAUUCAGCAAGCAGGGGGGUCUUCACCUCAGGUCAGCAUCCAAGCCGACGACCAGGAUCUCGCUGACCUCAUGCCCGACGGACAGAGCGAUGAAGACUCAUAUCACUCAGUGUUGGAGUUUAAUCCUCGUACUACUGCCAAGCAGAUCCUUGCAAACCCUCGCAGCCUUCAGAACCCGCUUCUGUCCAAGCUCCAUCCAGAGGUCCUGCAGUCUUGAGAGGUGGUGAAAAAGCUGAAAUUACAAGCCUGAGGAUCUAGUCACUGAUCACUUUAUAUCCUGUCUACAUUAUCUGGUUUAAGUAUAAGUAUAUAUUUUGCACCAUUACUUGGAAUCUGAUGUGAAAGUGUAAUGUAUAAGUAUAGCCACGUGUUUGUAAAUAAUGUGUUAUCUUUGUAAUUAUAAAACAGGUUAAAAACUUUUGAAUGUAUUUUAUAAAAUAUGUAUUUUCUGUCAUGAUUUCUACAUACAUCCAAAAUCGACAUUAUUAAACAACAGCUACAAAA